GUGGUUGCCUAAGCAAUGGAUGGAGAUUUGGAAGCAAGGGCAGAUGUUGAGGAGGCAUGUACAGUCACAGGGGAGGAGGAAGAGGAGGAGGAGGAGGAGAAGGAGGGGGAGGGUCAUGUGAAAACUCCCAGAACAGAGCAGACUCCAUCUGCAGAAGAGUCACAGGCGGCACCAGACCUGCCCAAGGCCUCAGAAGACAAUGAUGAUGAUGUAGUAUUGGUAGAGGGGCCUCCUGCUCAGUCUCAGGGGAGAGUACAGCCCCCCAGCCCCACACCUGUAGAGACCCUUGCUGCUGCCAAUGACUGUGCAGAGUCGGCUACCACGGCAACAGCUUUGUCCAAGGCGCCCAGUCCUCCCUCCUCUGCAGCUAGCGCAGGCACAACCGCAUCAACCACGGCCAAAAGCCAGAGUGAGCCAAUCGUUAUCGACGACGAGGAGGAUUCUGAGCUCAAGGGUGCCACCUCUUCCUCCUCGCCACCCCCUGAGGCUAAGGAUGCCCUGAGCAGCACAGAGCCUGACUCUGAAAUCAGAAUCGCUAGCGUUACCACACUGGGAAUGGACUCUUCUGCGGUUGCAAUGGCAACGUCAACCGCAACAGACAUAGAGGAUAUAAACCUCAUGAUCACGAAUGUGACAUCGCUGAAAGGUGAGGGCGGUCCAGUGGCAGGCCAGUUGGAGGAUUUGGAGGGGGCCGAGAAUGGGCUGCAGAUCAGCAGUGCAUUCAGCUUGAACCCAGAGGCCCAGCAGAACCAGGGUACAGCCGGCAGACCGUCACCCACAUUCAACCCAGGACGCAUUAGCGCUGCAAGCCAGCCUGUGCAGAAUGGAGAAAUGGGGACGCACCAGAGAUCUGAUUCUUGGAUCUCCCAGUCGGCCUCUUUCCCCCGUAACCAGAAGCAGCCUGGAGUGGACUCACUGUCUCCUGCAGCUCCUCUGCCCAAACCUCCCUGCCAGUCCUCCUCAGGAUCCCAGCAGCCGCAGCGCACCAUGAAAGUCACAUGCGCCAACUGUAAGAAGCCUUUGAAGAAAGGCCAGACUGCGUACCAGCGCAAAGGAUCGUCCCACCUGUUCUGCUCGACAACCUGCCUGUCUGCCUUCUCCCAUAAGCCCGCUCCCAAGAAGAGCUGCACCAUGUGCAAGAAAGACAUUACCAAUAUGAAAGGAGGCACCAUAGUGGCCCAGGUGGACUCCAGUGAAUCAUUUCAGGAGUUCUGUAGCACAGGUUGCCUGGCUGCUUAUGAAAACAAACAGAAUCCUCAGAAGAACCAGCUCAAAACGAAGUGCACCGUUUGUGGAAAGCUCACUGAGAUUCGACAUGAGGUGAGCUUCAAGAACGUGACCCACAAGAUCUGCAGUGACGCGUGCUUUAAUCGCUACCGAAUGGCUAACGGGCUCAUUAUGAACUGCUGCGAACAGUGCGGGAACUACCUGCCAAGUCGUGCCACAGCAAACCACUUUUUACUCAUCGAUGGUCAGCAGAAACGCUUUUGCUGUCAAAAUUGCAUCAGGGACUAUAAACAGACUCAUGGGAAGAUAGUGCAGUGUAGUGGCUGUAAGGUGAUGUGCAGAUCAUUUGAUGCCACUCAGUGUAUUGGGUCAAAUGGAGCCAUGGAGUCUUACUGCACCACAGCCUGUAUGACCAAGAGUAAAUUCACAGCUGCUGCACAGAAUUCUGAGCCCUCAUGCCACUUCUGUAAGAGAAAUGCAUUACCUCAAUAUCAGGCAACUCUGCCUGAAGGGAAGGUUUUGAGUUUCUGCAGUUCACAAUGUGUCACCAAGUUCCAGAAUGCCACCAUCCAAACAUCAGCCAAUGGGCAACUUCCUGUUUCAGCUUCAGAGAACAUUCAGCUGAAAUGCAAUUACUGUCGUGGUUCCUUCAACCUGAAGCCAGAGAUUCUGGAGUGGGAGGAUAAAGUCCAUCAGUUUUGCAGUAAGGCCUGUUGUGAUGACUACAAGAAGCUCCACUGCAUAGUGACGUUCUGCGAGUAUUGUCAGGAAGAGAAGACUCUGCAUGAGACUGUGAAGUUCUCGGGGGUGAAGAGGCCCUUCUGUAGUGAAGGCUGUAAGUUACUGUUCAAGCAGGAUUUCACCAGGCGUCUGGGCCUGAAGUGUGUCACUUGCAACCAUUGCACCCAGAUGUGUAAGAAAUCUGUCACCAAACAGAUAGACGGAGUCAGCAGGGACUUCUGCAGCGAGACGUGUGCUAAAAAGUUUGACGACUGGUACUACAAGGCGGCGCGCUGCGACUGCUGUAAGGUACAGGGGAACCUGACAGAGUCUGUGCAGUGGCGUGCAGAGAUGAAGCAUUUCUGUGACCAGCAGUGUCUCCUGCGCUUCUACUGCCAGCAGAACGAGCCUGACAUGGCCACACAGAAAGGCCCGGAAAACACAGCUUUAGUGUUUGGAGGACCAACCCAAGCAUCUAAGAUGUCGUUUACUCAGGGGCCUGUAUCGUAUGCGGGGGGAGGGGUCCUGAAGGAUGUGAAGAAUAAAGCUGUGCUCUGUAAGCCCCUCACCAUGACCAAGGCCACCUACUGCAAACCCCACAUGCAGAGCAAACCGCUGCAGACAGAUGAGGCAGGCCUGGAGUGCUCAGGAAAGGAGUAUGUUCCUGUUCCAAUCCCUGUUCCUGUUUACAUCCCAAUACCCAUGAACCUCUAUGCUCAGGCCACACCCACUCCUAUUGCAAUACCUGUACCGGUGCCUGUGCCAGUGUUUCUACCAACCACGCUGCAGAACGCUGAGCAGAUUGUGAAGACCAUCAAUGAGCUCAAAGCCAAAGUUCCCUCUGACCCCCUUGAAGCUGAUCUAAUAGCGAUGGCUGAAGUGAUUGCACAUGAAGAAGAUGAGAAACCAAAAUGCUCAAGCAUCAAAUGUGAAAAGAGCAGUGGAGAAGUGAAGAAGGAAAGUGUAAAACAUGAAAAUGGUAGUGGUAGCUCAGAAGAGGAGGAGGAGGAAGAUGACAAGUAUGAACCAGAUUUGGACCUGGAGAAGGACCUGCCCCUUGCGACAGAACCCAUCCUGGUUGAGCGUCUAGAUACAGACAUGCUCUUCUCGUUGCCUCCAGUCCUGGCUGAGGAGAAAGAGAAGAUGCCUCGGCCCAGAACCAGGAGGAGGGGUCAGAAGAGGCGGGCAGUAGAGGAAGAGUCUUUAUCCUCGUCACCAACAGUAGAGUCCUCAGCAGCAGAAACCUCUUUCCUCUUGAGCUCCAGAUACGGCUUAAACGCAUGGAGGAGAUGGGCAACAUCUGAAGCCUCACCGUCCAGUCAAUCCAAAGGAAAGGAGAGCCAGAAAGAAGUUGGUUUAAAAGAUAGUCUCCUGUCCCUGAGCCCAGCAGAGCUGAAUCAGUCUUUAUCUUGCUUCGUCAAAGAGGUGUGUCGUCCCAACGGGGAGCGCUAUACUCCAGACAGCCUCCUUUACCUCUGUCUCAGCAUCCAGAAGUAUUUGCAGGACAAGGGAAGGACAGAUGACCUCUUUAGUGACCCACAGUACCACAUGUUUGGGGAAGAACUGAACAAGCUCCUCAAAGACUGGCAACCCUGUGUCCUUCCUGAUGGUUCUCGGUGGGGUCGUGUGGAAGAGCGGUAUCUGUGGAGCAGCGGUCAGCUCGGGGAGCAGACACCCUCCGUCCUAUUGAGAUCCCUCCUCUAUCUCAACACCAAAUACUUUGGUCUUCGCACCACUGAACAGCACUUACGCCUCUCGUUUGGAAACAUCUACGGCCCUAGCAGUUCCAAACCGCACAGCCAUGAGACCACCGUCUGUAUACGCAUCCCCUCCAUCUCACAGGAGCAGCACGAGCAAUCAGGAAGUAAGAGGAGGCGUAAAGAUGAUUGUGACUCAAACUUUGAGGCGGACAGUGGUUCAGGAGGAUCUGCUCACUGUCCUGUUAAGAAACACGAGUGCCGACUCUAUGAGCUUUACCUUUCGAAGUGCCCAGAGUCUGUGAGACAGAGGACAGAUUUUUUUUACAUGAAGCCAGAGGUCUCUGCUUCCUCGGACAGUCCGCUGUGGUUCAGCUCGACACCUCUAGAGAAUAGCGUGCUGGCUAGGCUCCUGACUCGAGUGCUGCUGGUCAGAGAUAUCUAUAGAGACAACCAGCAUGAGGAGGAGGGAGUCUAGAGGCCGAUGCACUGAAGACUUCUUACUAUGCUGUCGUGACACCCUGUGCAUCACCAACAAGCUGCUUACCAUAUCACACCCUGUCACUCUCCCUUUAAACACACUGAUCCCAAUACAGCUAAGAGAUGAUGUCAGGAUGGAUUUUGGUGGGAUAAUGCUGAUUCACAUCAGUCUUCCCAAAGACCCUUAGGAGUUUUCUCCAGAAACGAGACUUACAGGAUGCUGCUUUCUUCUUUAUUUUUUCCCCUUCUUUUCAAUUUGUUGGAAACUUGUUCAUGUAGCAUUACUUGUGUGGCCACUGUGGUCUAAAAAUAUUUCUAAAUGUAGUCUGUUAGCAGACAACAGACACAAGAACUUUGGUCCUUUAAGGAAAGUAAUGGAGGUUUUUUUUCUUCCUGCCCAACAAAGCCUUCUAAAGAUUACAUUUAUUUAUUACUGUUGAUUGACAUCUGUUAAAGAGAGUCCAAGAUUUUGUAAUAGCAGGGCAGGGUGUGUGUGUGUUGGACGCUGUGCCAUGUGUGCAAAUUCUCUGGCCUUCCAUAAUAGCAUUAAAACCUGCUGCAGCCCUGGACCUCUUCUUUGUGCGAGUGGAAUGAGUGUGUUUGUGAAUGUGCCUCUUUCCCUCCCCUUUCUUGUGUUGUUUUGGAGUGGAUUGGAUAGGAGUUGGUUCUGCACAGCCAAUGCGUUACUGGCAUUGAACCUUUAAGUGUGAAACUAUUCCUCUGAACAAUCAAGUGUAUGAAAUUUGACUUUGAAUUUCAUCUGCAGCAUAUGCUGAUUACACAGAUAAGCAGAGACAUGUUAUUUGCUCUGUACUCUUCCUGGAGUCUUGAGUAAUUUGAAGGAUGUGCGUGUGCACAAAAGUAAUUGAAAGUUACGUACAAAACACUUAGCUUAUGCAAGAUUAAAAGUGAUUUAUUUAUACGGUAAAAGUCAGUGGAGUUUAUGUUUUCAUGGCUUUUACGAUUAUUUUCCUUGACCUUUUCUACCAAUAAAUUACAAGCUCA